CCGUUCUAGCCCUUAUAUUUCCACGCCAAAAAUCGUCCUCUUCAUUCGAAAAACAAAACCUUCUCUCACCACUCCGCAACGAGUGCCAUGGCGGUCACAGACCUCUUUGCAGGGGAGAUAGCCACCGAACUCCUCAAAUUGCUAUUUUCAAUAUCAAGAAAAUCCUGCCCGUGCAAAUCAAGUGCAGAAUCUUUAAUGGCAAGCGUAAACGAACUCAUGCCUAUAAUUCAAGAGAUCAAGUACUCCGGUGUUGAACUCCCUUCCAACCGCCAAUUCCAACUCGACAGUCUCUCUCGCACUCUCACUGAAGGCCUUGAGCUCUCCCGCAAAGUCUUAGCUUCAAACCGCUGGAACGUCUACAAAAACCUUCAGCUAGCAAGAAAGAUGGAAAAGAUGGAAAAGAAAAUAUCCACGUUUAUCAACGGACCUUUACAGACACAUAUAUUAGCUGACGUGCAUCACAUGAGGUUUGAAACUACAGAGAGGUUCGAUAAGUUGGACUGGUCAGCCAAGAGGCUAGAGGAGAGGAUAGGGAACUUGAAGAUCGGGUUGGGAGGUGGUGGUGGUGGUGUUGGUGGCUGGAUGGACGAAGCGGUGAAGAGAGUGGAGGAGGAGAGGAAGUGGGAUGGUAGUUUUGGGCAAAAUUUUUAUCUGGGGUUGGGGAUUGAAGAAGGGAAGAGGAAGGUGAAAGAAAUGGUUUUUGAGAGAGAGAUUUUCAAUGUUGUUGGAAUUUGUGGGAUUGGUGGGUCAGGCAAAACUACUUUGGCUAAUGAAAUUUGUAGAGAUGAUCAAGUUAGACGUCACUUUGAGAACAGGAUUUUGUUCUUGACAGUAUCACAGUCUCCGAACGUGGAGCAAUUGAGGGCGAAAAUUUUGGGGUUUAUUACAGGGGCUGAUGGAAUGGGUGGUAUGGGCAAUGAUUUGGUCCAAAAAUGGAAUUUUCAAUUUGAAUGGAGAAUUGGAGCCCCAGCGUUGAUUGUUCUUGAUGAUGUGUGGUCACUCAAGGUGCUUGAGCAGCUCAUUUAUAAAGUUGCUGGAUGUAAAACACUUGUGGUUUCGCGUUUCAAAUUCCAGACAGUUUUUGAUGCUACUUACAAUGUCGAAUUGUUGAGAGGAGAUGAAGCAAUCUCCUUGUUUUGCCACUCUGCUUUUGGAAAGACAUCUAUUCCACUUGCUGCUGAUUCAAAUUUGGUCAAGCAGAUCGUUGAUGAGUGUAAAGGCCUGCCCUUGGCUCUCAAAGUGAUUGGAGCUUCGCUAAGGGACCAACCUGAAAUGUAUUGGGCAAGUGCAAAAAAGAGGCUGUCAAGAGGUGAACCUAUUUGUGAGUCUCAUGAAAGCAAGUUGCAUGAUAGGAUGGCCAUUAGUACCCAGUUCUUAUCUAAAAAGGUCAGGGAAUGUUUCUUGGAUUUGGGAUCCUUCCCUGAAGAUAAGAAGAUCCCUCUUGAUGUUCUCAUCAAUGUGUGGGUCGAGAUACACGACCUUGAUGAUGAAGAAGCAUUUGCAAUUCUUGUUGAGCUAUCUGACAAGAAUCUUCUCACCCUGGUGAGGGAUGCACGAGCUGGAGACAAGUAUAGCAGCUACUAUGAGAUUUGUGUGGUGCAACAUGAUGUGUUGCGGGACCUUGCUAUUCAUUUGAGCUCGUGUGGAGAUGUAAAUGGGUGCAAGCGAUUACUUAUGCCAAGAAGAGAAGCGCAGCUUCCAAAAGAAUGGGAGAGAAAUGCGGAUAGACCAUUCAAUGCUCAAAUUGUUUCAAUUCAUACUGGUGAAAUGAAUGAAAUGGAUUGGUUCCGCAUGGAUUUUCCCAAGGCUGAAGUGCUCAUCCUGAACUUCUCAGCAAAUGAGUUCUUAUUGCCUCCUUUCAUUGAUGACAUGCCAAAGCUCAGGGCAUUGGUAAUGAUAAAUUACAGUACAAGCAACGCAAUCGUUGGCAACUUCUCCGUUUUUUCUAAUUUAGCUAAUUUGAAGAGCCUUUGGCUUGAGAAAGUAUCCCUUGCUCGAUUAACUGAAUUUACUGUCCCUUUAAAAAAAUUACGAAAAAUAUCUCUAAUCCUGUGCAAGAUAAACAACAGCCUUGAUGAUUCUGUCAUAGACUUAUCCCACAUAUUCCCUUGUCUCUUAGAGCUUACAAUCGAUCACUGUGAAGAUUUAAUCCAGUUGCCCUCCAGCAUUUCUAGGUUGCAAUCACUCAAGAGUCUGAGUAUCACCAAUUGCCACAACCUAGAGAAACUGCCUCCCAAUCUGGGCAACUUAAAAUCUCUACAAAUUCUAAGGCUGUAUGCUUGUCCAACCCUGAAAAUGCUUCCCCCAAGUAUAUCUGACCUAGUUUGCUUGAAGUUCUUAGACAUCUCUCAAUGUGUCAAUUUGAAAGCUCUUCCAGAAGGGAUUGGUAAGCUAUCAAGGUUGGAGAAGAUUGACAUGAGAGAGUGCUCACUGAUGAAGCUGCCAUAUUCUGUUGCAUCAUUAGAGUCUUUACGUGUAGUAAUCUGCGAUGAAGAUGUUUCUUGUUUAUGGAUGGAUUUGAAGAAGGUUAAUCUUGAUGUCCAAGUUGCCGAGAAAUGCUUCAGUCUGGACUGGCUUGAUGAUUGUUAAUUAAUUGUAACUCAUGCCUAAUGUAUAUAGCUCUUUCAAGUAAAACUGAGCAGCAUAGCUUCUUAUUUUCC